AUGCAACAUUUACCCCAAUUCAUCAUUUCUUCGGGCGCUACUGGCCUCCUCGGUAUCACUGAGACAAACGAGGAUAACUUUCUUUUUGCUAUACAUGACUUUGAAAAGUGUAUUACACCAAUACUAGGCACUGGGGCCAUGUGGGAGGUGAAAUUCGCCAGAAAGAACAGUAGAGAGAUCAAGGUUCGCAGGGUGACUGAUUUACCAAACAUUGGUAUGAUGAACGGCGUGACUUCUGUCCCGGAUUGUGGUACUUCUGGCAGUGGAAAGCAAGAGGAGAUGGCUGUCCUUGUUCCUUACUCCUACAAUGGCCAGCUUGUUCGGGUGCACUUCGUGACUGCCACAAUGAGGUGGUUCUCGAUGCUCCUGAGCUGCGUACUCGCUCGAAUGCCACAUUUCUAA